GCCGGGGGCGCGUAGGUGUCUUCAUAAGAUGCCGGGGCUGCGGCGCGCGCUUUCCCCCAAGAUGGCGUCCAUGCGGGAGAGCGACACGGGCCUGUGGCUGCACAACAAGCUGGGGGCCACGGACGAGCUGUGGGCGCCGCCCAGCAUCGCGUCCCUGCUGACGGCCGCGGUCAUCGACAACAUCCGUCUCUGCUUCCAUGGCCUCUCUUCGGCGGUGAAGCUCAAGUUGCUACUCGGGACGCUGCACCUCCCGCGCCGCACGGUGGACGAGAUGAAGGGCGCCCUGAUGGAGAUCAUCCAGCUCGCCAGCCUCGACUCGGACCCCUGGGUGCUCAUGGUCGCCGACAUCCUGAAGUCAUUUCCGGACACGGGCUCACUUAACCUGGAGCUCGAGGAGCAGAAUCCCAAUGUUCAGGAUAUUUUGGGAGAACUUAGAGAAAAGGUGGGUGAGUGUGAAGCGUCUGCCAUGCUGCCACUGGAGUGCCAGUACUUGAACAAAAACGCCCUGACUACCCUCGCGGGACCCCUCACGCCCCCGGUGAAGCAUUUUCAGCUGAAGCGGAAACCCAAGAGCGCCACGCUGCGGGCGGAGCUGCUGCAGAAGUCCACGGAGACCGCCCAGCAGCUGAAGCGGAGCGCCGGGGUGCCCUUCCACGCCAAGGGCCGGGGGCUGCUGCGGAAGAUGGACACCACCACCCCACUCAAAGGCAUCCCGAAGCAGGCGCCCUUCAGAAGCCCCACGGCGCCCAGCGUCUUCAGCCCCACGGGGAACCGGACCCCCAUCCCGCCUUCCAGGACGCUGCUGAGGAAAGAACGGGGUGUUAAGCUGUUGGACAUCUCUGAGCUGGAUAUGGUCGGCGCUGGCCGAGAGGCGAAGAGGAGAAGGAAGACUCUGGAUGCGGAGGUGGUGGAGAAGCCAGCCAAGGAGGAAACCGUGGUGGAGAACGCCACCCCGGACUACGCAGCCGGCCUGGUGUCCACACAGAAACUUGGGUCCCUGAACAGUGAGCCUGCGCUGCCCUCCACGAGCUACCUUCCCUCCACGCCCAGCGUGGUUCCCGCCUCCUCCUAUAUCCCCAGCUCCGAGACGCCCCCAGCCCCGUCCUCCCGCGAAGGCAGCCGCCCACCAGAGGAGCCCAGCACCCCGAGCCCCACGCUGCCAGCGCAGUUCAAGCAACGGGCACCCAUGUACAACAGCGGCCUGAGCCCUGCCACACCCACGCCUGCAGCGCCCACCUCGCCUCUCACACCCACCACACCUCCGGCUGUCGCCCCCACCACUCAGACACCCCCGGUUGCCAUGGUGGCCCCGCAGACCCAGGCCCCUGCCCAGCAGCAGCCUAAGAAGAACCUGUCCCUCACGAGAGAGCAGAUGUUUGCUGCCCAGGAGAUGUUCAAGACGGCCAACAAAGUGACACGGCCCGAGAAGGCCCUCAUCCUGGGCUUCAUGGCCGGCUCCCGAGAGAACCCAUGCCAGGAGCAGGGGGACGUAAUCCAGAUCAAGCUGAGCGAGCACACGGAGGACCUGCCCAAGGCGGAUGGCCAGGGCAGCACAACCAUGCUGGUGGACACCGUGUUCGAGAUGAACUAUGCCACGGGUCAGUGGACGCGCUUCAAGAAGUACAAGCCCAUGACCAACGUGUCCUAGGGCCACCUGCCUCACAGCUGGCCCUCACUUGGGGGCUCCAAGGGACGAUGGCUUUGCCGGCUUAAAGUAACCAGACAGCGGACACCUGGCCCACAGGUCCCCCAGCCACCGCCCUGCUGCUGACCCAGCCUGUUUUAAGUUCUGGAUGCAUUUCUCUGGGGUGUUUUGGGCUUAUUUUUAAAAUUUUAAUAUGGGUUCCUUUUUGUGUGAUUUAAGACACUUUUUGGACUCAACGUUACAUUUUUGAAUGCAGUAAAUUAACCAAAAAAGUUACAACUUCCUAAUUUUAGUGACAGCUCUGCCUGUUAGACUCUUACUUUUUAAAAUCUUUUCUAUUUGCCUCGCUGGGGCAGUGCCCUUGGCACAGUGGUACUGGGAGUGGGGCAGGGACACCUGACCACACCAGAGUGUGGGAGACGGCAGGCCUUGUCCCCUGCCAGUGCCUGCCUGGGAGUUUUGUAUUCAUCUUUUGUACAGUUGUGGACAUUUAAGACAGUAUUUGGGUACCUAUUUUCAUUGUAAAACUAUCUGAACCAUUAAAGUUUAGCUUUUCUAAAGAAUGCCACCA